CCAUUUUCACUUACCAGGCCAGUCUCACUUGACACAUAUUCGUGAUUUAAUCCACUGUUUAAAUUCCUUGACGAAAAUAUAACCGCAAGUAAAUCACCCCACACCACAGUUUCAUUCAUUAAUCACGGCGAAAUCUUGUAUAGGGGCAGUCAAGAUAGCGGGUGGCUGUUUUAAUAGCCGCCCGUCAGAGGCAUAUCGCUGGUAUGCGACCUUGUGGCUGUAUAUCGCUUGAAUAAUUACAGUGUGACUUUCCCUGCUGCUGGACAGGAGGGCGGGUGAGGCGUGCGCAUUCGGGAUGUUUAGCACCGACGUGAAAUGAGCUGUCUCUUAAAUGGAAAGGGCAAGUCGCCUACGUUGCAACCGCACGGUUCCAGAAUUUCUGGUGAAAUGAAUUCUCGCAAAGGAUGGAAAAAAAGAAGAGAUGCAGUUUUUGCUGGUCGACUGGAGGAAAUCGAUAUGGCAGCCCGGCGAGGAGAUUUUGAAAAGCCAACUAGAAGUGCAAUGAAUCACAAAUGCACACAAGACUGGAAAUUCAGUCAAAUGCCGAAGCAGCUAUCACCGAAGGUUUCCGUCGUUAUCGGAAGGUCAGGAUCGGGAGAACGAGUGUGGUCGCCGGCAGUUAGCGAAGACGGCAAGACGAGCCCUUACAUGGAAUCUGACUCGCAGAACUUCCGACCCAUCACCAGCGGCUACGCCAACUACAGUCGCAAGCCGUCAUACACCCCUGAGCCCCAAGCCCCGCCACCUCCGCUCCUUCCACAGCAGCAGCAGCAGCCCACCAACCACGUGCACAACGGCCACUCCAAGACCAACAACGGCAACAGCUACACGUACGGCAACGGCCACUCUCAGUACAACAACCCGUCUCCGCUGUACGCCCCCAACGGCAGCACCGGGGACCGAUCCCUCCACGGCAAAAUGGGAGGUCUCAGUCUGAGUGCCCCACACAGCCCCGAACCUCCCGCACCCUCUCCCGUCCAGAGCCGCAACGGCGUGGACAUGCAGUCGCACGUCUACAAGAUGCUGACGGACUACGAGGAGCGCUCCUCAGAGCCCAAGCAGUCCGGAUCCUUCAAGUACCUGCAAGGGAUCCUGGAGGCCGAGGACGGCGGUGGGUCCCCGACAGAGCGGAUGAGGAACCUGAAGUCUCCCGUCCGAUCCCCGGUCCCCAAACUGGGGAGCCCCAUCCCGAGUGGCGUGUCGGGGCUCCAGAAGCUCCCACAAUGUACGCGCUGCUCGAAUGGCAUCGUGGGCACCAUCGUGAAGGCCCGCGACAAGCUGUACCACCCCGAAUGCUUCGUGUGCGACGACUGCAGCACCAACCUGAAGCAGCGCGGCUACUUUUUCAUCGAGGACAACCUGUACUGCGAGACGCACGCCAAGGCCCGCGUGCAGCCUCCGGAGGGCUACGACGUGGUGGCCGUCUACCCAAACUCCAAGGUGGAGCUCGUGUGAGGUGGACGCAGGAGGACGCCGAGUGUGUGUCUUGUGUUUUUGUGGACAUUUUGGCGAAGGGCUUUCUAACACUCCAUCAUACCUUCGGUUUGUUUUUGGGGUUUGGGGAACGUCACUUUUUCCUCUUUGCAGCGGCGAUGCAUCACAGGCGUAUGUCACGAGGAGCACCAAUGGAAUGUCAGCGUGUUGUUUAGCUGAACUUUAACCCCACCUAAAUGGCUCCAUAUGCAAGCAUGACAGCUCCACCUUCGCACGUGUAAAACAAACAAAAAAAAAAGCCACAGGAGAAAAGAAAAGAACUCCUUUUCCUUUUUUUUCCGCCAAAUAGUUUUCAGCCACAGUUCCCAGGGUGUAUUUACGCGACAGGCUUCGAGUGACAGCCAUUCCGAAAAAUGCAGAAAGUGAUCCCGAUCAGGACUGGGAAAAAAAAAGUGGUCGAUUCUAGCUAUGAAAGUCAUUGUAAUAAAUUGGUGCCUUAAGUUUUUGCCACCUUUUUUUUAACUUCAAUGGACAUUGUGCUGUUCCGUCUAGUAAGAACGUCGUGGUCAUCUGGGGGCAGUACAGUACAGAUUUAGAGAUAUAGAGCACGUGGAGAGGUCUUAGCUCCUCAGGUAGCAGCAGUAAUAUUAAUGAUUCGUCGCAGAGGAUAAAGAAUGCAUGCCUGUGAGCACUGCUAUAUUAUCCAUCGAUAUGUAUUACUCCACUGUUUGUCUUCGAAUAUCCAUUGCUUAAAGGGCUAGAACACCACAACCGUUGACCCGUCACUGGCAUUUUGCAUUGUUUGCUAGUUAAAAUGAACAAACUAAUCUAAGGCAAAGCUCUGUGCUUGUUUUAAAUACACAACGUGUAAUCGUCUUCGUUUUACAUUUCCUUUGAGAAGAAAACUUCGACUGGGAUUGGCAUUUGAGAGCUGAAACCUCUUUUUUUUGGAAGAUUUAUUUUCUAUCUGCUUAAGUGCUGUUUGCUGUGAAGCGAGCUGAGUUGAGUUCGCCGCCAUCUCAAUUUUUUUUUUUUCUUUUAAAUCACAAGUUUAAAAAAAUUAAAUAAUAAACCGGACUACAGCCUGUAUCGCAAAACAUUCGUAAGUUUGGUCACUCGUAUCCCAAGGCACCAGUGCCGAUAAAAACAUACGAGAAGUAAAUUAAUAAAAUAAAAAUAGUCAUAAUUUUUGGGAGUACAGAGCCCCUAAAGGGACAUUGAAAAAAAAAAACUGGUUU